AUGGGUCUCAGCCUUGCUGUCCUGACCUUGCUCCUACUGCUAAGUUUUACCCCGAGAGAAGCUCACUGUCAGUCGUUUGGUAAAUCGGGACUAUCAAGAAACAGGCAGCGACAGUUUUUUCUUCGUGGAUCGGUGAAAGUGCGCCACAACUAUUCCACAGACGCUUUGUUAAAUGGUCGAGAGCUCGAGGAUUUAAAUGAUGAUUCGGAUCAUGGUGGAGAUGAGCGACAUACCGAUGAUGGCAACGACAACAACUUGAGUACAGGUUGUAUGCUGCUGCUUUAUCUGAUACAUACUGGAGGAAAUUGGCUUUAA